CGCUUCCCUCCUUCUCCGAAGCGUUUCAACAGCAACAAGACGGGCUGGGCGAGCCAGGCGAGGCCCGCCACGAGCCGGCCUAAGCCCCUCCCUGCGUGCUGCCAUAGAGACGGUCUCUAUGGAAGGGAGGAGGGAGAGAAGUUGAAGGCAGCAGCGGUGGUUAUGUCAGGCGGGCGGGCGGAGGAUGCAGCGGCGGGAGGAGGAGCAGGCGCAGCAGCGGCGGCGGCGGCACCACAACCAGGGAGCCAUGCAGCGCUGUGGAGCGGGGUCCUCCUGCUCCCAUCCCCAGAGCCGGCGCAGCGGAGCCGCCCUCACCACCCUCCUGCUGACAGUAUAUACAAUUCUCUCGAAGGUGCAUUCUGAUCGGAAUGUAUAUCCUUCCGCAGGAGUUCUGUUUGUUCAUGUUUUGGAGAGAGAGGAGUUUAAGGGGGAGUUUCCUCCUUAUCCAAAGCCUGGUGAGAUAAACAAUGAUCCUAUAACGUUUAACACAAACCUAAUGGGUUAUCCUGACAGACCUGGUUGGCUACGGUAUAUUCAGAGAACACCAUACAGUGAUGGAGUAUUGUAUGGAUCACCGACUAUAGAAAAUGUAGGCAAGCCAACUAUAAUUGAGAUCACUGCUUAUAACAGGCGUACCUUUGAGACUGCAAGACAUAAUUUGAUUAUUAAUAUAAUGUCAGCAGAAGAUUUUCCUUUACCAUAUCAAGCGGAAUUCUUCAUUAAAAACAUGAACGUAGAAGAAAUGUUGGCUAGUGAGGUUCUUGGAGAUUUCCUUGGAGCAGUAAAAAAUGUGUGGCAGCCAGAGCGUCUGAAUGCCAUAAACAUCACUUCAGCUCUUGAUAGGGGAGGCAGAGUCCCACUUCCUAUUAAUGACAUGAAAGAAGGUGUCUAUGUUAUGGUUGGUGCAGAUGUUACAUUUUCUUCCUGUUUACGAGAAGUUGAAAACCCACAAAAUCAGUUGAGAUGCAGUCAAGAAAUGGAGCCUGUGAUAACUUGUGAUAAAAAGUUUCGUACUCAGUUUCACAUAGACUGGUGUAAAAUCUCAUUGGUUGAUAAAACCCAGCAUGUUUCUACCUACCAAGAAGUAAUCCGUGGAGAAGGCAUAUUAUCAGAUGGUGGCGAGUACGAGCCACCUUCUGAGAACUUGAAAAGCAGAGAUUAUUAUUCAGAUUUCCUCAUUACGUUGGCAGUACCCUCCGCCAUAGCGCUGGUGCUUUUCCUAAUACUUGCUUAUAUUAUGUGCUGCCGAAGGGAAGGAGUGGAAAAGAGAAACAUGCAAACACCAGACAUCCAGCUGGUUCAUCACAGUGCGAUUCAGAAAUCCACCAAAGAACUUCGGGAAAUGUCAAAAAACAGAGAGAUCGCAUGGCCUCUCUCCACACUUCCUGUUUUUCACCCAGUCACUGGUGAGCUUGUGCCACCUGUUCACCCAGACAGCUACGACAAUACUAGCAUGCCGCUGAUGCAAACACAGCAGAACUUGCCCCAUCAGACUCAGAUUCCACAGCAGCAAACAGAAGGAGAAUUUCGUAUGACAACAUUUCAAAGAUUUGAGGUAAAUGGUAUUCCUGAGGAAAGAAAACUUACAGAAGCAAUUAAUUUGUAGAUAAGACAGCCAAGAAUCUUUGAUUUCCUGCUCAAAUGUUGCAUGAUUUUUCUGAAGUGUGCAUGCCCACAGUAUUAAAUAUUCCAUUGUCAGAUGGUAUUUCCAAAUUACUAAUAAACUGUAUCUUUUUGUAUUUGACAUUUUCAACAAUUUGUAAAAUGCUAACUUUUAUACUUGUUACAUUAAAAUGAUCUUAAAAUAAACCAUCA